AGCCUCGGGGGGCGUGGCCAUGCCAAGUGGGCGAGGCCACAGGCAGGGGACAGGCCAUACAGUGGGGCGUGUCGGUGUCGGGCCUCCCUACUGUCACAUGCGGAGGGGCGGGCCCGGGUUUGUUGGUGGGCGUGACCGGCGGUUGAGGGGGAGGGGGCGUGUCCCGCCGCUCGCUGCCGCCGUUCUCCCUCCUCAGCAGCAGCAGCAGUCAGUCAGUGAUCGCCGCCAUUAGUGUGUGAGGGGGAACCGCUGCUGUCUCACUCCCAUGUCCGCGGCCCAGCAUGGCCAGUGAGCUCCGGCCCUGGGAGCCGACUCACAGCCCGCUGCCCGCCCAGGGCCCCGACCCCAGGCCGCCCCGCUGACAGAACCCGGCGCCGCCAUGUCCCUCGCCCCGCCGCCGCGGCCUUCCAAUGGCUCCAGCUCAGACACGUCGCUGGCGCCCCCCCGGGAGGAGGUGGGGAGCCGGCCCGAGGAGUUCCUCCGCCGCCGCCGGCACACCAUGGACAAGGACAAGGCCGAGCACCGCUUCUUCCGCCGCAGCGUAAUCUGCGACUCCAACGCCACCGCCCUGGAGCUGCCCUCCAACCGCAGCAGCAUUGUGGGCUCCCCGCCCGAGUCCCAGCUGUGCCCGGUGCCGCCCGCCGCCCUGCCGCCCCCCGAGAUCCUGUGCACCCCAGACAGCCCCGAGGUCCAGUGCGCCUCCCCGGCAGCGCUGCUGCCGCCGCCCGCCGCUGCCGCUGCUGCCGACAUCCCCGAGCCCCGGCGGCCGCUGCCCGAGGAGGACACCGAGGAGCUGGAGACCAAGGCGGUGGGGUUCUCCCCCGACGGCCGCUUCCUCAAGUUCGACAUCGAGAUCGGCAGAGGCUCCUUCAAGACGGUGUACAAGGGGCUGGACACGGAGACCACGGUGGAGGUGGCCUGGUGCGAGCUUCAGGACCGCAAGCUGACCAAGUCCGAGCGCCAACGUUUCAAGGAAGAGGCCGGGAUGCUCAAGGGUCUCCAGCAUCCCAACAUUGUCCGCUUCUACGAUUCCUGGGAAUCCACGCUGAAGGGAAAGAAGUGCAUAGUGCUGGUGACCGAGCUUAUGACCUCUGGGACGCUGAAGACGUAUCUAAAGAGGUUCAAGGUGAUGAAACUUAAGGUUCUCCGCAGCUGGUGCAGGCAGAUCCUCAAAGGUCUGCAGUUCCUGCACACAAGGACCCCUCCCAUCAUCCACAGAGACCUGAAAUGCGACAACAUAUUCAUCACUGGCCCUACCGGAUCGGUGAAGAUCGGAGACCUGGGCCUGGCCACCUUAAAGAGGGCGUCGUUUGCCAAGAGUGUCAUAGGUACCCCUGAGUUCAUGGCCCCAGAGAUGUAUGAGGAGAAAUACGAUGAAUCCGUAGACGUGUAUGCCUUUGGGAUGUGCAUGCUUGAGAUGGCCACGUCUGAAUACCCUUACUCCGAGUGCCAAAACGCUGCCCAGAUCUACCGGCGAGUCACCAGCGGUGUGAAGCCGGCCAGUUUCGACAAGGUCGCCAUUCCAGAGGUGAAGGAGAUCAUAGAGGGAUGCAUCCGGCAGAAUAAAGAUGAAAGGUACGCCAUCAAAGACCUCCUGAACCACGCCUUCUUCCAGGAGGAGACUGGGGUGAGAGUGGAGUUGGCGGAAGAGGAUGAUGGGGAGAAGAUAGCCAUCAAGUUGUGGCUGCGCAUUGAGGACAUCAAGAAGCUAAAGGGCAAAUACAAGGAUAACGAGGCCAUAGAGUUCUCCUUUGACCUAGAGAGGGAUGUUCCGGAAGACGUAGCGCAGGAAAUGGUGGAAUCCGGCUAUGUCUGUGAAGGUGACCACAAAACAAUGGCCAAGGCAAUCAAAGACAGAGUGUCGCUAAUCAAACGCAAGCGAGAGCAGCGGCAGCAGGUGCGGGCGGAGCAGGAGAAGAGGAAACAGGAGGAGGGCAGCCAGUCUCAGCAGGCGGAGGUGCAGCCUCAGAGCCCCCCUCUCGGCACCGGCAAACCCACUGCAGUCCCCGUUCCAGCUUCCACCGGCCUGGUAAACGCUUCUUCCUCGCAGGUGGAGCCGGAGGAGCCAGAGGCGGAUCAGCAUCUGCAAUACCAGCAGCCCAGCGUAUCCGUCACAUCGGAUGGCACGGUGGACAGCGGACAGGGCUCCUCUGUGUACGCAGAGUCUCACGUCGGCAGUCAGCAAGCUGCGUCUUACGGUUCGCCGCAGGAUCCGGGUCUGCCUCCCACCGCAGUCCCUGCAUACAGCACGCCGAGUGUCCAGCCUGCAGCGCAGCCAGGGGGAUACACCACUUUUCUGGGGCAGGCACAGGUUCCGGGACAGCCCGCCGCUACGUCUGUGCCGACGGGUGUCGGCACCCAGCCUGCGUCCCAUACACAGGGUGUUCAGCAUCAGCCACUUCCCCAGUAUCAGAUGCCAACCCCCGCCUCCAGCUUGUCCGCCCCAACGCAACCCGUCAUUGGCCAAACUCCUGCUGCUGCCACCACAGGGAGCCAGCUCCCCAUCUCACCGCCUUUACCAGCUAUCCAUGGAGAGCCUGUGGUUCCUGCAGCAGUCAUGCCCAUCCCAUACCCAGCCGUUGUCCCGACUGCGGCUGCCUCCCUGCCGCCUCAGUUCCUACCACUGGCGCAGCCUUUGGUGGCCCUUCCGCUCCUCCCCCAAUUUACUGCCCCACAGCUGCCACUGUCCGUGCCCAUUGCCGUGAUGCACGCUGGCUUCCCAACCCUUCCUGUACCAAUGUCACCAGGCUUUGGACAACCAGUAUCAGGGUUGCCAUCCUAUUCCUUGGAGGCUUCGGCGCUUCCGGCUGGCCCUGCAAUUAUUUCCUCAAGUAACAUAACUCCGGUUGCUCUCCAACACUUAACCCCUGUCCCCCGACAACUUGUGCCUCCGCCUGUUGCUCUGCCAACCACCCUGGGACAAGCUGCUGAGCUGCUGGUGCCUCAAAAAGACUCUGCAUAUCAGGGCUUCCAGCCUCCUGUUCCAUCUCAGUUCCCAAUGGAGACGGGCCUACCUCCUUCCUCAGUCUACCCUCCACCAGUCGUGUCCCCUACCGCUUACACAGAGUGCCUGCCACAGCCCGGAUACCAUCCUGGCCUACCACAGCCUUACCUGGACGGCAACGGGACGAUCGUGCAGCCUGCGGCCUCUGUGCCUGUGAAUCUGCCACAUUCUGUUACAGAGAAGGAUGAUUUGAUUUUGUGGAGGCCAUACGGUCACUGGUCUUUCUGCUGGAAAGGCCCCCAAAGUGUUACUCAAACUGCGCCUGCGGAGGCUGGGCCCCCUCAGACCACCCAGCUGGUUUCCUCCAUGGACAGUGCCCACUCUGACGUGGCAUCUGGGCUCAGUGAUGGAAACGAGGGCGGUAGCGGUAGACACGAAGGACGCACCACCAAACGGCACUACCGAAAGUCUGUGCGCAGCCGCUCGCGGCAGGAUAAAACUACCCGCCCUAAACUUAGAAUUCUUAAUGUAUCAAACAAAGGUGACCGGGUGGUAGAGUGCCAGUUGGAGACCCACAACCGUAAGAUGGUCACCUUCAAAUUUGACCUGGAUGGGGACAAUCCGGAGGAAAUUGCCUCUAUAAUGGUGCAGAAUGUGUUCAUCCUGGCCACAGAGCGAGACUCCUUUGUGGAGCAGGUGAGAGACAUCAUCGAGAAGGCGGAUGAGAUGCUGAGCGACUACGUCAAUGUGGAGCCAGAAGGAGAGCAGGAGGCGAAGAGUCUGCAGCUAAAUUACCCCGAGUCCCAGAAGCUGGAGGGGGAGUUCAGGAAGCCGGAUCCAGUGUAUUACUUGCCCCAGAGAGCUGAUUUUGUUCCUUGCCUCAACACUCAGGUGGUUCACUCUGCUGGGAGACGCUUCAUCGUCAGCCCGGUCCCAGAGAGUCGAUUGCGAGAGCCCACGUUCUUCAGCAACUCCUCGCAGGACCCCCAGCUGAGCGUUCCAGCCUCUCACGUGCCCGGCAUGAACCUCUCACACUCGGCUUCCUCCGUCAGUCUGCACAGUGCGUUUGCAGAGCUGCGACAGGCACAGAUGACCGAGGGGCCCAGCACAGCUCCACCCAUCUUUAACCAAACUGGGCCUCCAUUCCCACCGUCUCUCACCACGCUCGCUGGGACCUUUGCUGCCAACGUAACGGGACCUUCACUACCCCCGAUAGCAGCGCCCAGCACCUCCCAGUCUGGAGUCCAGCAGCCAUCGCUUGGUGACGGUGUUACAAGGACUCCUGCGCACACCAGUGUGCCAAGCACGGCGCCCCCAGUCACUGCUCUGCCUACUCAGCCGAUUGCCACAGGAGUAAUAACUGGUGUGCCGGUGUCCACGGCUACUCCGCAACCUGUAACUUCUGUUCCUACGUUGCCGCUGGUUGUGGGAGUCCCUGUAGGACCUGGAACAGUGACCUCACCCCCCACACAGUCUGUUCCCAUUGUCGGUACCACUGGGACAAUGCCACAGACCCUGACCUCCCCUCCUCUGCCGCAGCCGGUGGUAAGCAUAGCUGGAACCGUGCCGCACACCUCUGUGUCAGCUCCGGUUGUACCAAGUACCGCAACGCCGACACAAGUCCAACUGAGUAGCAGCACUUCAGCUCCGAGCUUUGUGGUGAGUGUCCCAGUCAGUGCCUCUCAUCUAGAGAGUGGCAAGAAGCCGGCGGAGGUCACCGCCGUUGCCAGUACAACCGGAAUGUCUCUGCCUAUCUCUGCUCCACUCACCUAUGCACCUGCGGAAGAAGGGAACGUCACAAUGGUUGGAAAUCCGCCUCUCGUUCAUCCUACACACCUUCCCCUGGGUGUGACUACAACUCCUGUUGUAUCUGUAGCAGGUGGAGCUGUGGCCACACCUGUGUCUUCUCAAGUUCCAUUGCCUGGGGCUGUACCCGUAGGCCACCAAGUGCCCAGCCUGCCUAAUGUACAGCACACCUUGCCACUUACUCAAACACAGUCCACCCCUGCACCCAGUCUGCCUCAUGCCCACUCAGUUGAGGGCGAUACGGACAGUUUAACGAAGCCCGGGAUUGAUGAUAUCAAGACUCUGGAGGAGAAGCUGAGGUCGCUGUUCAGCGAGCAUGGGAGUGUGGGGGCUCCUCACGGACUCACACCACAAGAAGCUACCGGUGGUGCAGUGGAAGGAGUUCCCUUACCCGGUCCUCCACCAGCCACCGUCUCAUCCCAGGCCAAGCCUACAGCCACUGCACCACCCACCAGCUUACCCCUGGGACCAUCUGGUGUGCCUACCCUGGCCCAGGGCCAGACCCCUGGACAAGCUGUUACUCCCGUCACUUAUGCGUCGGCUGCAGUUGCCCCUGCAACCACGGGGAAAGCUGGGACCCCUUCCUCAAAGCCCCCACUCAGUAGAGUACCGGUGGUCCUGUCCGGGGCAGAGAGCGCAGUAGGCAGUCCGUCUGGGGAACAGCUUCCGCCUCUCCCAGGACCUUCACUAACUCAGUCCCAGCAGCCUCUGGAAGAUCUGGAUUUCCAGUUGAGAAGAACGUUGAGCCCCGACACUGUCCCCGGGCCAUCUGCACCCGGCUGUGCUCUGCCAGGUGCUGACAGCACGAAUGUAACCGGAUCGGCGAGCUCGUCUUCACAGCCUCCCGCAGAUGUUUCAGCAGAGCCGGUAAGAGCCAAAGGAGAAGCGGGCGCCAGUGCGGGGGUCCUAAAAAUGGGGCGUUUCCAGGUCUCUGUAGCAGCAGAGGAUGCGCUGAAGAAGAGCGACGAUCCACAACUGGAGUCUUCAUCCACCUCUUCUUCGAGCUCCUCCUCAUCCGGCUCCUGCAGCAGCCCAGAGGGCACCCUGGUGAAGCACCAGCACCGUGCUGCCGGCUCAUUGGACAUAGUGGAUGGUAUUGUACCCUCCCAGUUUCCUCUGCGUAGCCCUUCCCCCAAGCAGUCAGUUCAGGUGGGGCGAUUUCAGGUCUCCACUUCCACCGCAGACAAAGUUGGCCGCUUUUCUGUGUCUCGGGCCCAGGAUGAACUUUCAGUCGGGCAGGUAGAGCCCCCCCGAGCGUCUUCUCCAAAGACUCAGCCACAUCUGAACGGGCCCUCUUCCCAUCCAGAGUCUUCGGCCACUCUGAGUGACCCGCCCAGAGGGACCCAUGACGACAGCCCAGGGAGCCCGGUCACACAACACCACCUGAGCGCUAAGGUCAGCCUGCAGAGUCUCAGCAACUCCUUUAACUCCUCGUACUUGAGCAGUGACAACGAGUCUGAUAUAGAAGAUGAGGACCUGAAGAAGGAGUUACGGAGACUGCGGGACAAGCACCUCAAGGAAAUCCAGGAGUUACACAGCCGCCAGAAGCAGGAAAUUGAACGGCUGUACACCGCUUUAGGCAAAGUGCCCCCUGCUGUCAUUAUCCCCCCCGCAGCACCCCUCUCCGGCCGGCGGAGGAGACCCACCAAGGGCAAAGGCAGUAAAUCCAGCAGGGGGAGCUCUCACGGGAAUCGUAGCCCCCAGCUGUCAGGUGAUCUGUCCACACAGAGCACUCCUGCAGUUCUCCCCCAGCAGAACCUCCUCCUGCCCCCUAAUAGCGUGCCUGACAACGGACAGCUCCUGAAACCCUCACCUUCCAGCGACCUCCUCUGCUCUGCCUUUACCAGUGAUGCUGCUCUGUCUGUACCCAGCCUGUCAGGACAGGGACAAGGCUGGGCCAAGUUUAACUGUGCGUCAGAGCGGGUCUCCUUCAAAGUGGCCGGCAGGAGGACGCGAUUUCUCAGUACGCCCUGCUUGGCUCUUUGGAAGAUGGUGAAAAAAGUCUGCCCUUGCAACCAGCUCUGUAGGACCAGCAGCACUAACACAGUUGCCACUUCCAAUGCUCCAGCCUCCCAGUCAAACACGGCUCCUGUAUCCUCCAGCCGCAAGGGAACGUUCACGGACGACUUGCACAAACUGGUGGACAACUGGGCUCGAGACGCCAUGAAUCUGACUGGAAAAAAGAGCAGCAAGACAUCCGGACAUCCCAGUUACGAGGGUCCGGGAAUGGCUCGGAAGUUUUCUGCUCCUGGACAGCUUUGUGUGUCGAUGACUCCGUCCCUUGGGGCACCCGUCUCCAUGCCUGUGGCCUCCGCUAACUCCCUUGCUCACUACUCCAUAGGCAUAUGUCCCCCUCAGCAGUUUGGCUUUCCAGGCACUGCGUUUCAGACUCAGUGGAGUGGACCCGGUGCUCCGCCACCUUCCCAGCCCAUCAACCAGUUUCCCCCAACCGUGACUUCCUCCUUACAAAACUUUAAUAUGAGCAACCUUCAGAAAUCUAUCAGUAACCCCUCGGGUCCCAACCUGCGGACUACCUAGCAGGAAGGUGGCGCGAAACCUGACAAGUUCUGCAAGACUGAUGGUGUUGCCGGGGAGUCUGCUGUACAGAUCCUGCUUCUGGGGGAAUCGUAGUACAGAUCCAUCCCCAUCCUGGACACCGCAAGCCCCACAGUACUCCUAUCGUUGUUCCCCACAGAGCAGGUGGGAACAGCUGCCUAUUCCACUUUCAUAAAGGUUGCACUGGGCACUUGUGUAAGGUACAUCGGGGGAUGACAGGAAGUGGGGCAGCGAGGGGAGGUUCGGACCCUGUUCUGGUGAACAGGGCCGCAGAGAGGAGGCUUCGUCGUCUUCUCUGCCAUACGGUAUAGAUCAUUAAUGCUUUCAAAUAAAGAACUAUUAACGGCUAUGACUGCAUCAUUACAAUUGUAUGAAUUAAAGUAAAUAUAUAAGUAUAUUAAAAAUUAAUAAUAAAAAAGUUCGGUAAGGACAUUACUCUGCCAUCAGUUAUGAUGUGGACACACUGUGAUAUAAAUAUAUUUAUGUUGUUGGACAACAAUAGUAGUUAUGAUAAAAUAGCAAGAAUGUUAAAACUGGAGCGUCCAGCUCCGAUCUCCUCGUCAGUCACUUUAAUAAAACCUUUGCUCUGUCUCGUCCUUUUAUUAGAUUUAAUGUGAAUGUAAAAUUGUACAAAGUCAACUUGAACCCAACUUUCUUCUCCCAAUAUUUCUACUGCGUAUUUUAGUGCCUUGAGAGAAAUGUAGCCAGUGGGUGGUGGGAUGUUGCCCCUCCCCUUUCUGGAACGCAGGAGGAGGUACAAGCCUAGAGUCCUCCAGCGGGUGCGGGAAGUGUUGUAUGUACGUAGAGGCCGCUGGUGCAUAUUUAAUUGUGGUGUACGUGUUCUGCGUCUGUAGUUCAGAUGCUGUGGAGUAUGUGGAAAUGUCACGGUAGACACACUGAUGUUAGCGGAUCUGCCUCUGUAUGGGGAAGGAGUGUGAGGACCUGGACUAGAAAGUAUUAGGAAGGUAAACGGUAAGUGGCGCUGAGCCUGGGUUAUUAGGGCUUUUCUUGUCGAAUUUAUUUUACCAUCUGUCCGAUUGUAUUGCAGUCUCUUGGCAGUUAAUGGCAUAGAAUACAUAUUAUAUAUUUUCUUUUUAUUAAGCUGUGAAGAUGCCUUGAUGAGAGAAAAGAGCAGAGAGGUCAAUGGUGGCUUUGUGCGUUUUUUGUUUCUUCUGUCUGUCGCUGGGGGAUGAUUUGUUACAAAGCCCCUGAUUUUUAUUCAUAUUAAUUAGUGUUCAGGGGCGUUUGCCUGUACUUCAAAAACUCUCUUCCUCGUCUAACUUUGGCACCUUUUCAGAAGGAAGUAACCUGAGAGCAGUAUUAACUCGUGUUGCACAGUUACUUUGGCGUGUGCGCCAAAUAUACCUACACUGCAGAGGUAGAAAGAUGCGCACACAUCCGGAACUCCAGCUGCUGCUUCGCUGUCUGUUACUUUGUCAGGCGGGUGACAACCUUUAUUCUCUUUCACAAACCUAUGUCCUAGAAAAUCCCGAAUGCAGUGUUCUAUUUUGAGGGUCUGUCUGACACCUAGAGAAUGUCUGAGAUAUGGGGAUUAUAUUGGAACAUCCCAAAGUUGGAGGUUUUGGAAUGGUGGGAUGAGUCUGUUCUCUUAUUUGAGGUGUACGCUGGAGGGUUCUCCAGGACCUGCUCUCCAUAGCAAAUGUAUCCUUACCGGCGAAAGGCCGUCUUUUACCAAAGCAGUCUCCUCUAGCUACAGUGCUGCCCUUGGUGUUUGCAGAGAGACAGUCUUAGCGAUGCACCUAGGAGUGACACGGGAAUGUGAUAUCUAUAUAUGGUAAUAAGCAAAGCCUCCUUUCCAAGGUGAGGCAGCUGUAGGGAAAGUGAGGUGCGGGCGGCACUAAUGGUUUAUUGAGAUUAGGGUGUGUCGGAGAGCCGACGGGUCUGACGAGGGAUUUGCACACUGUUAAGCAGCAGGUAUUUAUUUUCUAUACAUAUUUUAUCUUUUUUUCCACAUAAGUUUGUUAUUUCAUUUACAAUGUGCAUGCUUUGGACUAUUUUCCACUAAAUCCCCCUCUCCCUUCGUGGACACAUAAUAAAAUUGAAAAAAUAAAAAAAUGCUACUGAGAUCUUUCACAGUUAUUUCCACGUUUUCCUAACCCCCACCACCAUCCCCUUCCCCUAAUUGAGCCUCUUCUGGAUUUCAAAAUGUUUCCUGACAUUAUUUAACACUGUAAUAAGAUGAAAUAAAUGAGAUUGUGGGAUUCCCUGGAGCUGUGAAUUUUCAGUUUGCACUUUUGUCCUGCAUCUUUCUGUACAAAUUUGCACUUUUGUCUUUUUAUCGCCUCUGUAGACUGAUAUUAAAACUAAUAAAGGAAGCCUUAUUUUA